AUGAACGCUUUGGACGAUUCAGCAAUCACAGAUCGAUGUACGCUUUACGAAGAUUCAGCAAACUUUUUAAAAGAUGAACGCUUUAUGAAGAAUAUCAGACCUUACAAACCUUUGAAAGAUGAACGCCGAGGACACAAGAAUCACCACAUGAGUUAGCGCGUCAAAGUGAGGCAAAACUUAAGCAAGCACCUCAAAGCGAGGCAAAUGUGUGUCGACGACGACGACGAACAAAAAUGAAAUCUCAAAAAAACCUCCCUUAUUAAUUGCACAGGUCACCCAACACAAAUUAGGGGUUGCGUUCCUCGUACCUCGAACACAACAAACAUUUACAUGAUUACAUGUAGUGUCGCUGAUGUUAGUACUAGUACAUAGGUUACUAUGGUGAUCAAUACACUACAACAUGCAUACAUUUCCUGACUCAAACUUCAUUAAAAGGACCUUUCUUAAUAAAUUUCCACCCACGUGGAACCAUGCAUGUUUGUUGACAAACAAGUAUACCAUGCAUGUUAUUGUUGACAAAACAAGACAAUUUUAUCACAAAAUUUGUGGUGACCCAGUGGAGGAAAAUGCUUUUGUUCUUUUUAUCGACAUAACUGUCAUGAUGAAAGCUGCAAACCAGUAAUUGUAAUACCUUAUAUCAGCCUCUAUUAUGUACCAGUCAAUUCCAAAACUGCCCAUUCACCAUUUGCAUAUCUCCCAUAAUGCACCUUGUUUGCCCACCAAAACUUUGCAUAACCGUUGUUUUUAAUUUCUCGUCGGUAUUACAGUGCAUGGUCCUGAGAGAAAUCAAAAGACGGUGCUUUUUCAAAAUUUUGGGGGACAAACAAGGGAAAUUAAUGUGGGAAACGGCGGUUUCACCCUUCUGUGCAAACCGCCAGGCAUAUUCAAGGACCAGAAAGAAAGAAAAGGCAUGCUUACAUUUAUUGACAUAGCAGUUCUAUCUGACAGUAACACCUCAGCAAAAUUCACAGAGAAGUUGUCUAAUUCAAGUACCAAGAUUUGGAAAGUGAAGUUAAUAGGAUGUGGGAAAUGA